AUGAAUGAGAAAUGUGGAUUCAUAUUCAUUGUAUUCUGGUCCAUUGAUACUGACAAAUUGUCUAUAAAUAGMCGCUAUUUGUCAGYAUUUAGUUUGAUUUUAUUUCAUGGUUUUCCUGUGUUUGCUCUAUCUCAGACUGCUAAUCUCAUUUYUACAGCUGAUUGGUUUAUGAUUACAUAUCCUGAUGGUAAUAAAUAUGGAAGYCACUGUUUUAAGCAACCAAGAAAGAGUUCUGUGAUGGUGACCUGUGAUCCUGAUGCUACCAAAGGAACAUUUCGYCUUGUAGAGGAAUUCAGGGAUGCUAAUGAUAGCAUUAAGGUUGACUGCUACUAUCUCUUUGAACUUAACAACAAAGCAGCCUGUACUGUUAAACCAGCUGAUAAUUCCUUGAGUCCUGGCUCUAUUCUACUGAUAGUUUUUCUUAUUGUUGGUGGUGUGUAUCUUGUUCUUGGUUUUCUGUAUCAACGGUUUGUUGCUGGUGCAAAGGGACUGGAACAAAUUCCUAACUAUCAAAUGUGGACUACCUUUGGUGGCUUACAAGCUGAUGGAUGUAAUUUUAUAUGUCGCUGUAAAAAGACAAAGAGAACUCCAACAUACAAACCUGUGGAAGACGCCUUGGCUGAUGAUUUGAGUCCUGAAGCAGAUGAUGAUACUCUCCUACCAGCCGUGUGACAAGUUGACAAACAAUUCCAUAAAUAAUUGUAAAGUUUUUUUAAAGUCUUUAUAGUUAGAACAAUAGUAAAAAAGGAAUGGUAAGAAUAAAUUGAAAAGAAGUCAAACAAUAGAACUCCAUGAACAGCCAUUUUCCUUCUCUGCUGCAAGGYUAGAAAAAGAAACUGCUUCAAGUUUCUCUCUUUCUUUGCAGUGGACCUGGAGACUUCCUUUAUGCAGAGAGUACAGUAGCUAACAAAUGAAUUAUAAAAAAACGGUUGAAAUAUAUUGGUAUAUGGCUCACUGGUGUAGAUCCCUGCAGUUCCAAAGAGAGAUACACUCUUUGGUUUGGUCACUCUGACAGUCAAACUACAUUAACCUCACUAAUAAGUGGUCUAUCACACAGAAAUGUCACAAUAAAGUGGAAUAUUUCCAAGAUGUWCAACCAUUUACACAGGGGCGGAUCCWGGAUUUUUCAGGGGGGGGUGGCUAACAUCAAAAUUUAAUAUUAAAUUAUGCUACAAUUAAUUUGACUCUUUAGGCUCUUGUGAAAUUAUCCUUUAUWGUUAUCUCAGGCACACCUAUAAUAUUUCAGACUUUUCAACAAACUUUUAUAUCAAAGAUAUUUAUGAAUAUAUAAACAUCAGUUACAUYAAACAGUUCUUCUCACUCUAUAUUUUUUCGAAGCAAUUAUAUAUUUUCCAUUAUACAAUAAUCCUGUUAUUUAAUUUCUAAAGUCUUUAUAUAUUUUUUCAAAUAAAAGAGGGGGUUGGCUAGCCACCCAAUCCACACACCCCCUGGAUCCGCGCCUGUUGCAAGAACAUGUCAAAAGACAGGAGUACAUUAUGAACUCUCCUGAUAACUGACUGUCUCUGUCAUCUUGAMAUAGCAACAGAGCAAUUUUGCAGAAUGAUAUUUUAAUCCUAUGUUAAAGUUAUUUCUUUUUUUAAAGUUUUGUUAAGUAUCAGGUUAAUUGUAUUGCAUAUCGUAGUAUAUAUUUGAUUAAUAGCACCAUUUUGCUUCUUCCAUUUGCACUGUACCAAGCCUUAAAACCAGAUUGGUUAUAAUUGUCUGAUUUAUUAAAAKCAGUGUUUGCAGAAUUCAACAGAAACAUAAAUAUUAGCUAUUCAUUGCAAUAAUAUAUUAGUUACAUUAAAUGAUCCUGAUAUUUUUUUUGUGUUAGCUCACACUGUACCAUAAGUAUGUUGCACGCUCAUACUAAGUCUGAACUAAACAUUUACACUCAGAACAUAAAAUUCAUGACUUUCCAUAUUAAUUACAUUCAGUGAUCAGGAACAAAGCAUUGACCCAAGGUAUCAAGGACAAUGAGUGCUGAUCAGUUCUUUUAUCCUUACUGUACCUUGAUGCCUCAGUUGAAUACUUUGUUCAAGGCCACUGAACGUGAGUAUAGAUUAUUGCGAUUCGAAGGAUUUAUUAGAAAUUAUAUAUCAGUGAGAGCACAUAACUGUUUGUAUUUGAAUAAAUUUUAUACGUAACUAGCA